AACAACGUGAUUAUCAGUUAGGUCAAGGUCAACAGGAUGAUCAUCAACUAGGUCAAGGUCAACAGCAUGCUCAUCAGUUAGGUCAAGGUCAACAGGGUGAUCAUCAGUCAUGUUAUUCAGAGAUAGAUGUGGGUCAAAAGUGUGGUAAAUUAAACCCAGCUCAACCUGUGACUGGUCAUUUAGGCCCAACUUCACCCAUUACUGAACAGAAAGGUAUUGGUCAACAGCAGUGUGAUAAUCAAGGUCUGCCAUCAGCUCUUACUGGUCAAUCAGGUCAAAGUGAACAGCUUGCUGGUCAGUUGAUUCCUACUCCUAUCCCUUCACAUCAGGCUUUAACUGUACAGUUAGAUCCAAAUCAUUAUCAGACUGGUCAGUUAGAUCAAGGUCAUCAUCAUGCAGGCCAGGUAGGUCAAGGUCAACUUUAUACAGAUCAGUUAGGUCAAGGUCAACAUCAUACUGGCCAGUUCAAUCCAAAUCAUUAUCAGACUGGUCAGUUAGGUCAAGAUCAACAUCAUACUGGCCAGUUAGAUCAAGGUCAACAUCAUACUGGCCAGUUAGAUCAAGGUCAACAUCAUACUGGCCAGUUAGAUCAAGGUCAACAUCAUACUGGCCAGUUAGAUCAAGGUCAACAUCAUACUGGCCAGUUAGAUCAAGGUCAACACCAAACCAGUGAGUUAGGUCAAGGUCAACAUCAUACUGAUCAGGUAGGUCAAGGUCAACACCAUACUGGUCUGGUAGGUCAAGGUCAACACCAUACUGGUCUGUUAGAUCCAGAUCAACACCAUACUGGUUUGUUAGGUCAAGGUCAACACCAUACUGGUCAGUUAGAUCAAGGUCAACACCAUACUGGUCAGGUAGGGCAAGGUCAACAACAUGCUGGCCAGUUAGGUCAAAAUCAAUAUCAUGCUGGACAGUUAGGUCAAGGUCAACAUCAUACUGCCCAGUUAGGUCAAGGUCAACAUCAUACUGGUCUGUUAGAUCAAGGUCAACAUCAUACUGGUCUGUUAGAUCCAGAUCAACACCAUACUGGUCAGUUAGGGCAAGGUCAACAUCAUACUGGCCAGUUAGGUCAAGGUCAACAUCAUACUGGUCUGUUAGAUCCAGAUCAACACCAUACUGGUCAGUUAGGGCAAGGUCAACAACAUGCUGGCCAAUUAGGUCAAACUCAACAUCAUACUGGUCAGUUAGGGCAAGGUCAACAACAUACUGGCCAGUUAGGUCAAAAUCAAUAUCAUGCUGGUCAGUUAGGGCAAGGUCAACACCAUACUGGUCAGUUAGGUCAAGGUCAACAUCAUACUGCCCAUUUAGGUCAAGGUCAACAUCAUACUGCCCAGUUAGGCCCAAACACAGGUCAGUUAUACCCAGUGCAGGAGUUUGGUGGUCAGCAAUUUACUAAUGCUUAUGGUCAACAACUUCCUGCACCAUAUUAUCAAGUGAUGUGGCCACCAUAUUAUCCAUAUCCCUAUGGCCAGAACUUCGGACCAGGUUACUCUGGCCUGCCACAGCCCAUGACCUCUCACAUGUCACCUUACCAAAUUCCACCUAAUAGGAUGCCAUUCCAGCCACAACAUCGAAUCUAUCAAAGUCCAUGCCAGACAGCACCAACAGUUGGUGGGCAAGGACCGCUGAUUUAUCCCGACUUUCCUCCAUCAUAUCCAUCUGUUUCUACUCCUGAAAACACCCAAGUUGUCACCAUGACAACUGAUAUGACCAGACCUAUUGCAGGAACCGAUGUUUCAACAGAUGACUCGACGACCAACAAUAGGUGUCUUUCUCCUCAACAUGCUUGGCAAAAACAAGAAACAGAGACACCUCAUACUGAAAACAAUUCAGAAGGAAGCCAUCAGUUAAAGAAAGAGGAUAAGACUAGACAGGACAUGGAGCUGAUGAAUCCAAAGACCUCUUUAAAAAGUGACGAGGACGAAAUUAAAGAACUUCAACAAUGGGCCCAGUCUCCCUUAAGCCAAGGACAGAUAGGCCAGGCCACAUCUGGUGAUUCCACAGAUAAAGAAGAAGAGCAUUUUUAUGACACUAUUGAAUCCAUUGAUGGACUUGAAUUGGGCCAUGAAAGAGAUCCAUUGAACAUUGGUCAAAUCCAAUUGGAGAUUGGGAAUCUUGCAGACAUAAAGGCUGAUGUGAUAGUUAACCCAUCCAACAAAGAUCUUAACUUAGCAAUCGGAUAUGUAUCAAAGUCAAUACUGAAGGCUGCAGGACAAAAGAUUCAAAAAGAGUGUAUAGACAAAUACCCCUUGGGUAUCAAUGAUGAAAUAGUGGCUAUCACCUCAGCAGGAAACCUGGCCAGUGAGAAGAUAUUUCAUGUUGUCUUACCUAAAUGGACAGGUGGUACUAAGGUUCUGGAAGAAUUGGUAACAACAUGUCUCUCAAUGGCGGCAGAUCUAAAAAAGUCCUCUAUUGCAUUCCCUGUCCUUGGCACUGGGAAGAUGGGCUACCCUGCAGACUUGGUUGCCAAAGCGAUGUUCGAGAGUGUCAAGAAGUUUCUCAACAGGCAGCAAUCAAGAUUCUCAGUGUAUUUUGUGAUUCUCAAUAGUGACAGAGUUAAUAGAAAGGCUUUUGAAAGCUUAGGCCUGGAAUCAGUCUAUUCUGAAAUGGAGCCAAUGGAAGUUGAUGAGGACUACAACACAUAUACAGUGCUCACAAAGCCCCAUACUGAUGGUGAGCAUCUGUAUGAUUCUCUUAACAGUCAACAAGAAACUCAGCAUAAUCCAUCCCUGGACGCUGAUGAAAGUCCCUACAUGGAUACGAGGUAUAUCAAUGUACCAGGAAGGGGAACACAAGCUUCUUCCCGCGCCAAAGCAGCUUCAUAUAUGGAUAUGGAGGAAGUUAGAAAGAUGUCUGAUGACCAUGGUCCAAAACUGUCUGAUGACCAUGAUCCAAAACUGUCUGAUGACCAUGGUCCAAAACUGUCUGAUGACCAUGAUCCAAAACUGUCUGAUGACCAUGAUCCAAAACUGUCUGAUGACCAUGAUCUGUAUGUAAAUAUGCAGGGAUACAAAGAGCCUAACAAAGAGAUAAAGACUGCACCAGUCAGAAACUUGUCGCCAGGGGUCACAGGAAAGGACAAAGAGACAGAAACAGUGGAGGUACCACAGAGGACAAGAAAGUCAUUGGAAGAUUUGCCACGGAUACCUGACGAGCCACCCCAGUACAUACGAGUGACCUAUCCACAACCUUUACAAGAAGAUACUAUCAGGUUUUACUUCUUGAACAAAAAGAAAUCAGGAGGUGGGGAGUUUCUCAAAUUUGAGCACCACAGUAUGAAGAGGGUGACGUUGAUCCAGUUUGAGGACCCAGAUGCUGUUGCAAGAGUUCUUCACAAAAAUCACAAAUUUGAGGGGACAGAGCUGCAGGUUACCAUGGUAACAGGUGAAAUGCCCCCCAGCAUAGAAGAGAAAAAGCUGUUGAUUUGUGAUAUCAACCCUGCAACAACCUAUGACACAUUGGUCAACUUCCUGGAAGUCAAAGCUAAGGCAGUCCCUACAGAUGUGAUGUAUGGCAACCGAAAAGACCGCGCUGUUGUCACGUUCAGUAGUAAACCAGAUUUUGACAUGCUACAGAAGAUUUGUCAGACUAAAACUUUAGAAGGCAACGUACUGAAAGUCUCCCAUGUUCCUGUAUCCUCUGUGGUGCUGGUGAAGGACUGCCCUGAUGUAUCAAAUGACGCCAUUAUGCUGUUUUUUGAAAAUGAGAAAAAAAGUGGUGGCGGUGAUGUUGAGAAAGUGGAGAUCAUGUCACAGAGAUCAGAAUGUCUCGUCCAUUUUGCUGAUCCUGCAGUGGCCAAGAGAGUUUGUGAUCCUGAAAGGAAAUUGGAAAUAGAGAAGAAGGCUGUGGCAGCAAGUCUAUACUACCCAUAUUUAAGAUCAUCGGAAUUUAAUUCAUCUGGGAGCAAAUCAACAGAAACGAAGGAUCUGUCAAGAAAAAGCUCUGCAGAGAAAAGGAUAACUAGAUCGUUACCAGACCCACCACUCCACGCCUCCAUGACCUUACCAAAGCCUAUAACUUUGCCCGACAUUGAAUCAAAUCUUACCAAGUUUAUUAUAAAUUCUGAACCCAACAAAUCAGCAUUUGAAAGAAUGGUGUUGAAAGUGAAGGGCAAGGUCAUUUGGCCAGAAGAUCUGGAAAAUGAUAUGAUCAGGAUCACUUGUAUGAUUGAUGUGACUGCAGAAAAUGCUGCAAUGGAAGUGGAGCAAUGGUCUGCGGAAAUCUACAGAAAUGUUAAAAAGUUUUUUGGCCCUAUGACCACAGAGGAAGUUCCAGUAGUUAGACAAGCUUGGACAUCUGUCCUUUCAAAGUUACAGUCUUUAAACAUAUCUUACCCUGAUGGAGUUGCUGUAAUCCUUAAGCGUGAAGACUACACAAUAGUGAUAGCUGGACAUAAAAAAUUUGUAGAGGAUGUGAAAAAAAAAGUAGAGGAAAUCACAAGAACUGAAGAAAACUUGAGGGAGGAAGCAGAACAGGUCUCCAAGUCAGAGGUGCUGAAAAUGUACCAGAUACAAAUACUGUGGAAAUUCAAGUUUAAAGAAGAGAUCAAGAAAAUUUACCCUAAACUUGAGGUUGAGGUUGAUGUUGAUAAUAGGAAGAUCACCUUUACCGGAGUGCUGAGAGAAGUAGAUCAGGGGAGAACAGAUAUGAGAGUGAAGUUAGAAGCAUUACAGAGCUAUUCUUUGGCCAUAUCACGGGGAAUGAAGGACUUGUUCUUCAAACUGCCAGCUAAAACUGAAUUUGUUCAAAAGCUAAAGCAACGCCACCUUGUGGUUGUGUGGGACAUCCCUCCUCAUCAAGACACCUGUGUCAUGUAUGCAAAAACCCUUGAAAAUGCCAAAGAGGCGGUCAGUAUAUUUACUGAGGUAUUGAAAGAGAAGAAAAUACCAUUGAAAGAUGACUUACAGAAAAUUAUUUCAACUACAAAAUGGCAGUUAGCUUUGAAAAAUAUUUUCUCCAGGUAUCCAGAAGAAGUUCAAAUUAGUGUGGAAGAAAGCUGUGUCUAUGUGACAGCUGUUUCUGUAGUGUAUGGUCAAGUGUGUGGCUGUAUUGAUGCCGAAAUCAGUGAAUACAAAAAAAUUCAUGAUACCCACAAGGAAUUCCUUUCAGUUGAAGAAGGAGUUUUUAGCUUCUUAGAAAAACAUCAACGGUAUGAAAUUGAAACCAGCACUCUUGCAUUACAGAAAGCUUUAAAUUUAAUUGUGAAAACACGAAACUCCAAAGUCAAGCCGGGGUAUGAUUUGGAAGGUACCAGAGAUGCCAUAGACUUAGCCAAGAAGAAACUCCAAUGUGUUAUUGACAAGGUAUCCAUGGAUACCCACACAAUGCAGGCAGUAGGUGCAGCAGACUUUUUUAACUCUUCAGAUGGACAGGACAAAAUACGACAGAUCGAACACGCAGUAUCAUCAGUCAUAAGGAAGUCAGCAGAAUACAGAGGUGCUCAGGAGGUCAGAGGUCAGAGUCCAAAUCCAGUUACCAAGGCGAAGUGUACUGUUGGCCCAGGUCAGCAGUGUAUUGUCGUUGAGGGCGACAUGACCAAGCUAAAAGUGGAUGUAAUGGUUAAUGCUGCCAACACCGACAUGAUACUUGGAGGUGGGAUUGCAGGCGCCAUUUUAGCAGCAGGUGGUCCUACUAUUCAGGAUGAAUGUGAUGAAUAUGUGAGGAAACAUGGUCAAGUACCAGAGGGAAAGGCCAUUAUCAGCCGUUCUGGAAAUCUACCCUGUAAACGGGUGGUACAUGCUGUUGGUCCUGUUUGGCAAAACGGAAAAAAUAAAGAAGAGGGAAAACUGCGAUGUGCCAUUUACAGGAGCUUAGAAUUGGCAACAAACCAUCGGUCUAUUGCCUUGCCAGCAAUCAGUGCUGGCAUCUUUGGUUACCCACUGGCUAAAUCUGUGGAAGCCAUUAUUGAAAUAGUCCAGCACUUCUUCACCAAACAGCCAUCAACCCAGAUCAGAAGCGUGUACCUCUGUGACACUGAUCACCAGACUGUGAAACUCUUCAUCAAGGAACUGGUGUCCAUAUAUAGUCCCCAGAAAGUCAAGACCUUUGAUGAUACAGAUUCUACUUCAUCUGCAGAGGAGGAAUCCUUUGAUGAAGUCACUUCUGAUGAGGAGUCGGAGGACGAAAGUUAUGAUGUACCUAGAAAUUCUCACAGAAAUACAGCUGUUCGAGUGGUCCGAGGAGAGUUGGCAAAGACCAAGGCUGACGUAUUGGUAAAUUCUGCUGGAAAUAACCUGGUGUUGAAUGUCGGUGUGCUGUCCAGCUCACUACUAAAGUACGGAGGACAGUCCCUCCAGACAGAAUGUACCCAGAGAUACCCCAGGGGAAUAUCACCUGGAGAUGUCGCUAUCACAACAGGUGGAAAUCUUCAGUGUAAAAAUGUGUAUCAUGGAACAUUUGACAGCUGGGGCAAUGACCAGGACAGAUGUGUACAGACUUUAAAAAAAUUUGUAAAUACCUGUCUAAACACGGCUGACAAGUUUAAUAUGACCUCUAUCGCAUUCCCUGCCCUUGGUGCUGGUCGCCUUGGUUACCCAGCUGCCACUGUAGCCAAGGUGAUGCUGUCAUGUGUUAGAGGAUUUGAGAGGGCUAUGCCUGACUCCUGUCUGACAACGGUGAUGUUUGUAGUGUAUCCACAAGAUAAACAGUCUGUGCAGGAUUUUGAGUCUGCUGUUGAUAAUGAUGGAUUUGGACCAGUAGGAGCAACUGGUUCCAGCAGAACAGUGUCUAGUAGUUAUGGUGCCUCGUCAAGUCUGGGUCCAGUUGAUAUAGAAGUCAAACAAGGGGACAUCACAAAGGAAACGACAGAUGCCAUCGUCAAUAGUACCGGCGACCACUUGGAUCUCACCAGAGGUGCUGUGUCUAAAGCAAUUCUAAAGGCCGGAGGUCAACAACUACAAGUAGAAUGUAAUGCAAGAAGUAGGGAUAUGCAGUCCCGAGGAUUGGUGGUGACCUCUGGUGGAAACUUACCAUGUCGGAAAAUUCUACAUAUUAGGUCAUGCUCACGUCCAACCGACUUGACUCGUGCAGUGUCCAAUUGUUUGGGAGAGGCAGACAACCACAGGUGUAGCUCGCUCACGUUUCCCGCCCUUGGCACAGGUCAGAUUGGUUGUCCUCCCAAUGAUGUAGCGGAUGCUAUAUUUACUGCCAUACAACAGUACACUGGCAAGCUCCAGUAUCUUCAGAAGGUCCGCAUUGUCAUUUAUCAGGCUGAUAUGGUGGACAUAUUUAGAGCACAGCUCAAGCGUUGCCUGGGAGGAGGAGCAAAUGCUCGGACGACCAGGAGGCCAUCAUCGACAAAAGAAAGGGGAGCAUAUAAAUCCAGGGGUACAAAGCCUAAGUACAAAGGUCAUAGGUCAGUGACCUCCUACGCCACCCCUGAAAAGGUCAAGUUUUUGUUGUGGAGCAAUUCAUUAAACAACCUUCAGAAGGCCAAGAACCACCUUGAUCGGGUGUGUGACACUGAAUUCAGGAAAUUAAAAGUGCCGUUGUCCUACCAAGAUAUCAUAAAAAGAUUAAACAAAUAUCAGAUUGGCGAAUUGAAUCAGCUUGGAUCACAAAGACAGGUUCACUUAGAAAUAAACCAAGCCAAAGGGGAGAUAACUCUUCAAGGCCAACAUUCAAAAACAUCUGUUCUGCUCCCCGAAAUUCAGAGUUUACUCCAUAAAUUUGAGAAACAUAAAGAUGAGGUCGAAAAAGCAAAGACUUUGGCUGAUUAUGUGCAGUGGGUGUAUGACGACAAUGGGAAAUGGCGACAGUUCAAUGCAGAGAUCAACUUGGUGAUUGAGAAGGCCUACAAAGCCAAGGAUGUUCAGACUAAGAUCAACGACAGCAGUGGGGUCACUUAUAUCAUUGACUUUCAAAAAAUGGAGGAGUAUGUAAAGGAUUCACCGCACAAGAGGUUCAAAGUAGAAAGGCGAGACCUCGGACAGCAUUCAACAGUUGGUAUACGACUGCCGUCAACAUGGUCAUCGAUGGGCAAAGAUGGCUACCAGCUGGUGAACCUCUCGUCCAGUGACACGGAGUAUAAAGAUACGGCGAAAGCAUUUCGGGCUUCAGCAGGACAGUCUUCUGGUCAGCAGGCCGGCAUGCACCAGUUUCUAAUGCAGGGUUUCCUGGCUCCACAGUAUGGCUCCCAUCAGAUAAUCAAGAUUCAACGAAUCCAGAAUAAAUCUCUUUACCAACAGUACAGUGCCAAGAAACAGGAAUUGUUUACUCGGAAUAAGAAAGACCCUGAGAAAUGGCUGUGGCAUGGAACCUCCCCGGAUACUGUGAAAAAGAUUGCCAUGAAAGGAUUUGAUCGUAGUUACUGUGGCAAAAAUGCUACAGCCUAUGGCAGUGGCGUGUAUUUCGCUGUGAAUGCCUCCUAUUCUAUAGGAUACUGCCAAGCAGAUGGCAGUGGACAGAAGCACAUGUUUUACACACGCGUGCUGACAGGGGAGUCAUGUCCAGGACACAGUGGAAUGAAGUACCUUCCAGACCGAAAAGGUGCCCAGGGACCUUUUACAUUUGAUUCAGCCACAAAUAGCACAUCAGCUCCAUCCAUGUACAUCAUCUUCCAUGACAGCCAAGCUUAUCCAGCCUAUCUCAUCAGUUUCAAGUAGUGUAUGGUCAGUCUCAAAGAUAUCUGCGGACAGUAGUGUUUUCCAGCCAUCAGACAGACAUCCGAGGGCUUUUACAGUGCUGGAAAUGACUGGUACAAAUCUUUAUUGGGCAAAUAAAUGCUUUAUUCAUGUCCCAUAAUACAUAGUGCUGACACAAUGUUGAAACACAUUCAGAAAUAUAUGGUGGACAAUCUGCAUCUACGGAAACUUGAAAAUAAAAACAAUAUUACUUAACAUAAUAUAUGAAGAAAUAAUUUUGUUACAUAAUUUUGAUAUGUCUAUGUAUUUAUUUUAUGAAUAUAUUAGUCUCCUACGGGUGAAACUGUAUGUAACUAUGUAGCACCAAAGUUGCUCAGACAGCUCCAUUCCUUGAGGGAUUUUGAUAAGACAUCACACCAUGAAUCUGAGACAAAGACCAUAAUAUAUGAGACAAAGACCAUAAUAUAUGAGACAGGGACCAUAAUAUCUGAGAUAAGUUCUAUAGUUUCAGUGUGGUUCUGUCAAGGUCAUCAUUAUUCCUUCUCAGCACUCUAGCAGCUUCAUUCCUUGAGAUAUUUUGAUCAAGUAUCAAAUAUUUACAAAGGACCAUAAUGUCUCGGACAAGUUCAAGUUUUAGGGUUGGGUCAAGGUCAAGAUCACCAAUAUUAUUUUUAAAAAGUCGAUCUUUUUCAGCACUCCAGCAGUUCCACUACUUGAGAGAUUUUGAUCAAACUUCACACCAUCAUAAAAGACCAUAAUAUCUCUGACAAAUUUGAGUUUCAGUGUUGUUGGUUCAAGGUCAAGGUCACUGUUACUAUUUUUAGAAAAUCCAUUGCGAGUGCUGUAGUGACUUCAUUCCUUGAGGUAUUUUGAUUAAACUUCACGCAUAAAAGGACCAAAAUAUUUUGGACAAGUUUGAUUUCAGAGUUGUUAUGUCAAGGUCACUUACUAUUUUUGGAAAAUCAUUUUUGGCGCUCUAGUUACUUCAUUCCUUGAGGGAUUUUGAUGAAACGACACACCAUGAUAAAGGACCAUAAUAUCUUGACAAUUUAUAGUUUCAGGGUUGUUGGGUCAAGGUCACCAUUAGUAUUUUUAGAAAAUCCUUCGCCAGCUCUCUAAAGGCUUCAUACCUUGGAUUUGGAUCAUUCUUCAAAAACUUAUAAAGGACUGUAAUAGCGAAUUAGGAAAGUUCUCUUUAGGCUUGUUUGGUCUCUGAUUUAUUUACCAUACAUACAAUAUGUAUUUAUCUUUCAAUAAGCCCAUGCCUAAUAGCAUGCUUACCAAUGAAAUGUAUUUUCGGGAAAAGACGGAUUAUAAGUUUUAUACUUGUGUCUAAUCCCAUUUGUGUUUUGACAAUAAAAUAUGUUUAAAUCAAUGAAAUGUUAACAUAUGCUAUUUCAUUGCUCUGAAAAUAACCCAUUCUUGACCUUUUGGUCAAAGUUCAUGAUGUGUUGACCCCUUGGGCUUAUUACAGAAUAAAUAUGGUAUCUCAUUUGAUUCUACCACAAUAGGUGGGUAUUAUUCAACUCCCAAGGCAUGAAAUAAUCAUUACAACUGUUGAAUAACAUUCAGUUUAUACUACACAUGGAAUAAACUCUAAAUGCCUUUUGAUUGGUUGACACGGUGACCUUUGACCGGGACUAUUUUUUUAUCACGCGGUUUAAUGCAAUUUCAUUGGCUAACACUUGAAGGCUACUUCACAAUGUCCUGGAAAUGAUAACGCUUAAGUAGUUUGCAGUUAUUUGUUAUAUUCUUGAAAAUAUAUAGAGAUUUUUAUCAAUUUAUUGCUUUGAAAGAAUAAACCUACUUUGUUUUUUGCUAUGAUUUGUAAUAAAUUGCAAUUUUUCCAUACAUUUCCGAAUCUGUCAGUUUUGCAAAUUAAUUAGCAGCAUUUCAGAUUAGGUCAUAUCCUUACACCAUACUUGAUACUGUGAAAAUAACACAUGUAGACACAAAACAGGUCACUUGAUUAUCAGUGGUAGAAACAGGUCACACAAACACUUGGUUGUUGUAUAUGGUAUUUCUUUCACUCUCAUUAGUUAUUUUUCAAAAGUUACAAAAAAAGACUUGCUUUGUUUUUGUAAUUUUUUAAAAAUAACUAACUCGAUUGAAAGAAAUACCAUAUACAACAGCCACUCGUAACUAUUUCACAAUUGUUGUAAAAAUUAUAUAAAGCUUUCAUUUUCUUUUACAGAUCUGGGUUACUAUAGCAAUUCUUGUAACAUGUUGGUCUAGCUUUAGUGUUUGCUAUUUGUGAUUUUAUUUUAAAAACAUUUUAUGCAGAUUCUUUCCCAGUAUCAACAUAAUUUGAUGAUUUUAUUAAUUUUGUUGUAAUUGUUUAUGUAAAGAAAUACAGAGAUAUUUUUAUAUCUUAUCAAAACCUGAUGUUUACAAUCAAUAAACUGUACCACACAUCCAUUA